CCAUUACCUCAACAAUGGAUUCGACGGAUACCAUCGACCUAGCAGCGCGAACACCACUUCCCUACUCUUCCUCCGACGAGUCUCUUGCUUCCGAAAGGCUAGCCGAUACUAGCGCCGAGGAAGGCCUGCGCAACAAUGAAUCGUCACUGGCCCCAGUGGAUGGAGGGUUUGGCGCAUGGUCAUUUCUAGCCGGCGCAUUCAUGGUUGAAACCAUCGUCUGGGGCUUCUCUAUUGCCUACGGCUCAUUCUUGAGCGAGUAUCUUGCCGACACCAAGUAUGCAUCCCAGUCUUGGGCAGCAACAGGCUUGCCUCUCGUUGGUCCACUUUCUUCAGGGAUUAUGUACUGUUCAGGGUUCUUUCUUUACCCCACUAUCGCCCGCUAUCCGUUCGCUCGACGCCCAAUGAUGUGGGCUGGCACUGCUAUCAUGUUUCUGAGCUUAUUCAUUGCGAGCUAUACUACCAAGAUCGUUGAGUUGAUCAUCCUGCAAGGGUGCCUUUAUGGCAUCGGCGGCGCAAUCGUUUAUGCACCGACAAUCUCAUACUUGUCAGAAUGGUUCGUCACAAGGCGUGGUAUGGCGAAUGGAGUCAUCUUCGCAGGCACGGCGGCGGGUGGUCUGCUGCUCCCUCUGAUCGUCCCCCACUUGAUCGCGUCCUACGGGAUCCAGAAGGCACUCCGCAUCCUCGCCAUCGCGUCGACCAUAGCACUUGUACCGGCGCUUCCUUUCAUCAAAGGCCGCUUGCCUGAGUCUCGGGUCGCUGGCCCUAGGGCCCGAUCCUCGGGCUAUGGAUGGAUGCGCAACGAGACAGUGUGGUUUGUGCUCGCAGCAAACACUCUUCAAGGCUUCGGAUACUUUGUUCCAACUGUCUGGCUCCCAACAUUUGCAUCAGACCUUGGUCUGAGCAGCGCGAAUGCAUCGCUCAUGCUCGCACUCCUGAAUGGCUCCUCCGUCGUGGGUCGUAUCGGGCUCGGCUACCUCUCAGACAGGACCGACCCAUGGAUUCUCGCCAUGAUAACCCUUUCCCUAGCUUCCGUAUCGAGCUUUGUCCUCUGGGGUGUUCUUUCCAACUCCUUGGCAGGCCUUCUUGCAUUCGGCAUCGCAUACGGAAGCAUUGCGGGGGGUUGGUCGUCGCUGUGGACAGGCUUCAUCAAACCCAUUGCCAAGGACGACUUGACGCUUUCGACCUCCCUGUACGGCUACCUCCUCUUCUCUCGAGGUUUGGGAAAUGUCUUGUCUACGCCUAUCUCAACCUCGCUCUCCAGCGGAUACGGCUCAGGCUCAGGCCAAAGGCACAUCAAGACGGGUUUCGACGUUGCAGGUGGUAAAUUUGAAAAGAUGAUUGUAUAUGUCGGAGCCUGUUUCGCAGGUGCCACAUUGGUGGUUAGCACUCAGUGGGCGCUGCGCCGAAUGAAGUCCAGCUCGUAGACGUCGCAGCUUUCUUUUCUACGACAUAUCUUUCAAAAAGAGUUCUACUCCAUCUACAAAAAAACUCCAAUUAUUUCAAAUAUUCGUCUAUAUGUAUUACGUGAAUAUACAAUCAAAGCGCCAUUCCGGAUGGUUCCAGUUCAUCAUCAACCGACACAUGUUCCAAUUCGUGGAGAUCGACAUGCACAUGUUCACCCUCACCCUCAGGCACCUCCGGGACUGUGUGCACAGAGCGCACAGAAGGAGGCAUAGGAGAGUUGGGCAACGGGGUAACAGGUUCCUUUGGCUCAGUACCCGGGGCUGCAGCGGCAACGUCAGGCGAUGUUGGAACCGACGUCGUACUCUGGACGCUCCCACGCGGCAACGAGAAACGGCUCGAGCGGUUGCUCCAGAAGGACUGAAUACCAGCACCCCACGAGCUUAGUGACGAACGUACAUCCGUCGUCCCGCUCGUGCUGGCGGGGCGCGAGGAAGACGAGCUGCCGACAGAGUCGCGAGAAACCUGCCGGGUCAUACCAGGGUUAGGAGGAUCAGACGGUGCUGAGACGAGCUCUGGCUCAUCUAGCGCCUUCGUCGCAUCGGGUGAGGUAGCUGGCGUGGCGCUGGAAAGAGUCGGGGUUGACGUUGCACUGGGGGAUCGUUGUUGCCAACGCUCGCGUACGCCUUCGACGGCCUUGAAAAAGUUCGUCGAACCGGUGGUGAUUGUCCGGCUGAUUACCUCACGGGUAGGACCGAGCUGCUGCUCCAGCUUUAGAUCCUGAAUUCCUUCUGACAGACGGAGUCCAAUGUCGGCGACCGCUGAUGGUCUUUGAAGGCAU